AUGCCUCACCCACCCAAUAAAGCCAUCUACCUGGACUCCCAGGGCAAACAUAUUAUCCGCAUCAUCGAUGAACAAUAUGUGCCCAUUGGAGCUCAGUCCCUUGUGGAAGUGAAGUACUCGGCCAUCAACCCCGCUGAUACUCGUCACUACUACAUGGGAAUCUCGGAAGUCGUCUCAGGUUACGAGUUUGCAGGCACUGUCCGAGAAAUCGGUCCAGACUCGCCCUUCAAGCUUGGCCAGGAAGUGUUUGGCUUUUCCAUCCCUGGUGAUCGUCGUCCUCUUCAUCUGGGAGCUCAUCAGGAUUUUCUCUUGGCUGAGAAUUUAUUGACGUAUGAGAGACCUGAGGACAUGGAUGCCACCUCGGCUGUCACCAUGCUCGUCGGAGCUCUUACCGCUAUCGAUGGCUUGUUCAACACUCUUGAAUAUGGCCUCCCGGCUGCCGGUCUCGAGGGCGACGACCCGACUGAUGUGCCGAUCCUGAUCUGGGGUGGUUCUAGUGUUGUAGGCCAGAGUGCUAUCAAGCUGGCCAAGGCCGCAGGUUUCAACCCCAUUCUCACCACGGCUUCGCCACACAAUCAUAACGCGUUGAAGGAGCUGGGCGCGACGCAUUGCUUCGACUACCGCAGUCCUACGAUAGUGCAAGACAUUCGCGCCACAAUGAAGGGAUUGAACAAGAAGCUCAAAACUGUCUUUGAUAGCGUCGCGACUGGCUUGGGCGUCUUUGAAGGCCUCACAAAGGAACAGGAGCAAGCAAUCCAAGCGAAGUACGACCAGAGCUCCCCUGGCAUUGCUCGUCGAUGCUGUGACCCCGAUGUCCCGGAAGAUGAGCUGCGCCUGAGUGCAUCGCUCGUCGUUGCCAAAGACCCAACCUGGAAGUUUGCACUCAUGUUUCGAACUGUUGACACGAUGGACCACGGCGUUGGCGAUGAAGAGAUGAGUUCUGAGGAGAGGCAGGCCGAGGAGGCAAAGAUUAGACGAUGGGGAGCUCGCAAUGAUUAUACCAUUCGUUGGUUGAUCAAGAAUCAUGCAAAAUAUUGGCAAGCUCCUCGAACGAGGGUCGUUGAGACGGCAGAAGAGGGUAUCCAGGCUAUGAAGGAUGUAUUUAGUGGGAAGACGAGCAGGGAGAAGGUGAUCAUCAAGCAUCCUAUGUGA